GGAUGGCGAGAUGGCUGCCCCGCUCCACCGACCUGACCCGCUUCUGCCAGAAGCUCAACCGGGUAAAGACCCUGGAGGAUGACAUGAUGGAGACAUCCUUUAACAGAUGCCUUUCCACCGUCGACUUGACGCUGCUGGGCAUUGGGGGCAUGGUGGGCUCCGGGCUUUAUGUCCUCACAGGCACUGUGGCCAAGGAGAUUGCCGGCCCUGCCGUCAUCAUCUCCUUCAUCAUUGCCGGCUUUGCCUCACUCCUGGCUGCUCUCUGCUACGCCGAGUUUGGAGCCCGUGUGCCCAAGACAGGCUCUGCGUACAUGUUCACCUACGUGUCCGUGGGUGAAAUCUGGGCUUUCCUCAUUGGCUGGAAUGUGCUGCUGGAGUACAUGAUCGGAGGGGCUGCGGUGGCCAGGGCCUGGAGUGGCUAUCUGGACUCCAUCUUUAACCACAAGAUCAAAAACUUCACCGAGACCCAUGUGGGUGCCUGGCAGGUGCCAUUCCUGGCCCGCUAUCCAGACUUCCUGGCAGCUGCCAUCCUGCUGGUAGCCACAGCCUUCAUCUCCUUUGGGGCCAAAGUGUCCUCCUGGCUCAACCAUGUCUUCUCAGUCAUCAGCAUGGGUGUCAUCCUCUUUAUCCUCAUUAUGGGCUUUGUCCUCGCACAGCCCAAGAACUGGAGCACCCAGGAGGGUGGCUUUGCCCCAUACGGGCUGUCGGGCAUCAUGGCUGGCACAGCCACCUGCUUCUACGCCUUUGUGGGCUUUGAUGUCAUCGCAGCCUCCAGCGAAGAGGCCAGGAACCCACAGAGGGCUGUUCCCAGGGCCAUCGCUUUCUCCUUGGGGCUGGCCACUGGUGCCUACAUCCUGGUGUCAGUUGUGCUGACGCUGAUGGUGCCCUGGCACACGCUGGACCCUGACUCUGCCCUGGCCGAUGCAUUCUACAGGAGGGGCUAUGCCUGGGCAGGGUUUCUGGUGGCUGCUGGCUCCAUCUGUGCAAUGAACACAGUUCUGUUGAGCAACCUCUUCUCCCUGCCACGCAUCGUCUAUGCCAUGGCCGAAGAUGGGCUCUUCUUUCAGGUCUUCUCCCGAGUGCACCCCCGCACACAGGUGCCCGUCGUCGGCAUCGUGGUCUUCGGGCUGCUUAUGGCCCUCCUGGCCCUCGUCUUUGACCUAGAGGCCCUGGUGCAGUUCCUGUCCAUUGGCACACUUCUGGCCUACACCUUCGUGGCCGCCAGCAUCAUUGUCCUGCGCUUCCAGCAGCAGAAGGGGGAUGUCCCUGCACCAGCAGCUAGUGGCCGGCCCAACCCCGAGCCCCACGAGGACCCGUCCAGGGGCGAGCUGAAGGAGUAUGAGUCCUUCUCCGACAAGCUGCAGCUGGUGGACAGGGACAAGAGCAACGAGCAGCGGGAGCCAGGGCAGCUGAAGGCAGCAUUUGAGCCCUACCUGGAAUUCCUCAGUGACUUCUACCCUGGUGAGGUGGUCAUGGUGGCUGUGGUGACCCUGAUGGUGUCUGCCAUCUGCCUCUGCUCCAUUUUAGUGUUUGGCAACACCCACCUCCACCUGCCCACCUGGAGCUACUCCCUGCUGCUGGUCCUCUUCAGUUUGGGCUUCCUGCUCAGCCUCCUCCUCAUCUGGGCACACGAGCAGCAGCACAGCACCCAGACCUUCCAGAUCCCCUUGGUACCCCUGUCCCCAGCACUAAGCAUCAUCCUCAACAUCUACCUGAUGCUGAAGCUCAGCUACAUGACGUGGCUUCGCUUCGCCAUCUGGCUCCUCUUAGGCCUGCUCGUCUACUUCGGCUAUGGCAUCUGGCACAGCAAGGAGAACCUGCGGGAGCCGCAGCCCCAGCGUGUCAGCGCCCGCUACGUGGUGUUUCCAGGUGGCAGCCUGGAGGAGAGGGUGCAGGCAGUCCAGCCUAGCUCCCAGCCCGCCACCGGGCUGCCAGACACCGACACCGAUGACUGCAAGAGAUGACACCCCUGGCAACAGGGGCACCUGGGGACGGGAGCGUCGGAAUCUCCUCCCACAAUGAGGCCAGAGAUCCACCCCCCUCCUCCUGGUCCCUCUGAUGGCAGAUCCACUGGGGUUGCCCUGGGUGUGGGGUUCCACCUGGAGAGGAUGAGGAUGCUCACCCUUCCCCACAUACUUCUGACAGGGUGUGGAGGAGCUGCCUCCCUCCCCCAUCCCCUUCACUCAGGAGCUGGGUCUCAGCCCAGUGCCAACCCUGCUCAUGAGGAGCCGUGUCCUUGUCACCUCUCCCCAAGCACACCCUGGCACUGUGCAGCACAUCUCCUGUCUGACAGCACAUCUCUGCAGCCGGGGAUGCAGAGGUUCCCCACAGACCAGGACAGGCAGCCCAGUGCUGCCCAUCCUUACUCUUGUCCUGAGUGCAGCCCCCUGCCUCCUGCACAGUCCCCUUCGGAAGGGGGCAGGGGCCAAUCAUGCAUCCUCACAGGCACCCCUGCCAUCCCUAUCCCCAGAGCUGCUCUCCUCAAAGGCUGGGGCUGAGGGAGCUGAGGGGCAGCUGGAGACAUGACAUGAAGAAGAGAUAUGGCCAGAGUGGGUGGCUGGGCAGGCACCCCAGGAGAGCCAGUGGAGACUGGCAUGGCAAAAGCCCAGCUGCAUCUCCUCAGCCACAUGAACUGGCUGGCUGAGGGAUGGACUAGGGGCCAUGCCUGCUGGAAGAUAAUGCCAUGGCCUGAGUGGGGUAUGGGUGCUCAGGUACAUUGCCUUGUCCCUGGAGGUCUCCAGCAGCAUCACUGAGCUAGUCUGCCUGGAGCUGGCUCCCCACUUCUCCUGCACCCUAGCAGCACCACCUGCCCCACCAUGGGAACUCAUUCCCCCAUGAUGCCCCUUCCAGGCUCUCUGGGACUUGGGGACAGGCUCAGCAGGUGCUUUUCAGUAUUGGCCCCUCCCCAGCAACCAUCCCCAUGCUCUGGGGUCACCCCAGCUGCAAGGGUGUCAUGGGGGGGUCCCCAGCAGUACUGCUGCAGCCACCCCUGACUGUUUUGCCCAUGGGCAGCCUAAUGGAAGGGAAAAGAGUUUCAGCAUGUUUUGGAAGUCAGUCAAGCGUGAGGUUACCAACUUGAUGGGCCUUGCAGCAUGGACACCCUGCUCCAUCCUCAUCCUCUGCAUGCGGCAAGGAGCUGGGGACUGUGGGAAAGCUGUUCCAUUACUUCUGACUGGCCAGUCCCUGGGGGGCCCUAGAGAGGCUGUGGGCACCCUCAGUAGGAUGUGCUAACUCCGGUGAGCCCCUCUGUCUGAUAGCACUGCUCCGUGUCCCGCCUUGCCCCCGUGCUGCUGCCACCAGAGCUGUGGCCCCGCUUGGCACCUCUGUGUUGUGGCUUGUGAGCAACGAGCUGAUUUGGACAACCUCAUAAAUACUGUUUCUACAAUGGCUCUGGCUGGUUGUGAUCAC